CGCGAGAAUAUAUUGCUUACACGUGACCAAACAUAGAUUUUAAUGGUUUAGUUACAAUCUUGGCUAAAAUGACUUAAAGACUGAAUUAGAAACAUGACAGUGUGCGUAUUGUAUUGUGAUACCUAUAUCUUGUUAGUACGCCUGAAGAAAAAAAUAUUUUUAAAACUUACCGACCAACUUAACAUUAACAUCGGUUAAUUCAUAACUUCAUAAUUGCCACCGGAAACUCAUAGUUGGUUUUUUUAGCUAAUGUGUGAACGACCUUUGAUACACUGCACAAGUUAGUGCCUGAGUUUCGACCAAGCAGACAGUCAUGCUUGUUGAGGAAGUGUUGUUUUCUUCUCCAAGAUAAACAUGAGAGCACACUUGAGAGAGACUGUUAUUCUCUAUGGAAUUUUUAUUAUCUGCUCGACUAAAAUAGCGGGUCAAACAUGCAGGGGAAAGUGUGGAGACAUACUGAAGGAGUGCUCCUGCCAUACAACCUGUGUGUCUUUGCUGAACUGCUGUGCAGACUACAACCAGUCCUGUCUCAUGGUGAUGCCUCACUCCAGCUCCAUGCUGGGUGGAAGAGCUCUCAGGAUCGUUAGUUUGGUCCUCCAUCCUGGUGAUCGCCUACUUUGCAGGUUCAGAGGUGAGAUCGAACGAGAAGGGUUUGUUGAUGCUCGAGGUCAUGCCCACUGCAUCUCUCCUUUAUUGUAUGAAACGGGUUGGAUACCAUUUUCUAUCUCAACAGAUGGAAUAAAUUUUGACAGGUCUGGAGAGUACUUGUCAGUUCACCCCAGUAAAGUGGAUCCUGCCUUUGAAGUCACCCUGGUGAAUCCAACACAGUGGCAGUACUAUGGCACGCCGAACACGGCAGGACGGCUUAAGAUGACCUGGGACAGCUCAGUGAUUGGAGCAGAGAAGGUCAACAUAGAGCUGUGGGGUUACAGAGAGUUCAGCAGGAGCACAGAGACAGAGACAAAUGGCUCAUCCUCUCUGCAGGCUGAGAUGAGGUAUCUCUACUCUCUCGGCAGGAACCUCUUCAACACUGGUAACUUCAGCUUCAUCCCCGCGCCCGCAAAGGACUACUCUGAUUGGGAGUUGGGGAAUAUUCGCAUCACUGCUAGUUCUAUGCCAGAUGGAGCAAGGGAUGUACAGGGGCUCUGGAGCAGAGGUCAUGUCUUAGCCUGGCACCUGGAGCAGGCUUUCAGAGAUGACUCUAAAGCCUGGGCCAAGAGAAAAUGUCUGCAGUGGGAUGUCCUGGAGAAGAAGCUGCCCAGCUUCCUGGAUGAGCUCAUUGACUGUCCUUGCACUCUGGCGCAAGCCCGAGCAGACACAGGCAGGUUUCAUGCUGACUAUAGUUGUGACAUUGAGAGGGGCAGUGUGUGCACUUAUCACCCAGGCUGUGUCCACUGCGUCAGAGCAAUUCAGGCCAGUCCAAAGCAUGGUUCAGGCCAGCAGUGCUGCUAUGACAGCACAGGAGCUCUGGUGCUGACAGGAGACUCUCUUGGUGGCAGCACCCCAGACAGGGCUCACGACUGGGGUUCACCUCCGUACAGGAAGCCUCCACGGGUCCCGGGCUACUCCCACUGGCUCUACGAUGUCAUGAGUUUCUACUACUGCUGCCUGUGGUCUGAAGACUGUCACAUCUACUUCAACCAUCGACCAUCUAGUGGAUGUCGCAACUACCAACCCCCAAGAGCUGGUGUCGUCCUCGGGGAUCCACAUUUCAUAACGUUCGACGGCCUUAGCUACACUUUCAAUGGCAAAGGAGAGUACUACCUUGUUUCCUCACCACACAGAGAGCUGAGUGUUCAGGCCAGAACAGAACAGGUGAAACUUAAGAACGGUACUUUGUCUAAAGCAACAUGGCUGUCAUCAGUGGCUAUGAAGGAGAAGGCCUCUGAUGUUAUCGAGGUGCGUGUAGCAGAAGGCCAUCUUCAGGUGCUAAGGAACCAAAAGGUCCUUCCUUUCACAGAGCAAAGAUGGAUGGACCUACAUGGAGUAUUCGUGUUCGCCCCUAGUCCUCAGAAUGUGACCGUAAUCUUCCUCUCUGGUGCUGGUGUGGAGGUUUGUGUGAAUGAAGGAACCAUGGCAGUGACCGUCCUGCUCCCAGCAGACUUUAGCAACCACACUCAGGGUCUCCUCGGCCUGAUGAACUCUGACCCCUCAGAUGACCUGUUGACUCACCUUGGAGAGGUCAUCUCCUCAGCCAGCGCCACGCCGGAAGAAAUCUUCACCUUUGGAGCUGACUGGAAAAUUUCAAAGGAAUCUUCCCUUUUCACAUAUGACUCAAAGUACCUUUUGGAUUCCUACUAUUUCCCACCAAGCCAAGAUCCUGCUUUUGUUCCUGCCUUUUCUCUACCUGAGAGACGUGAUGACCCUCUGGUGGCAGACAUGUUGACGAUGUGCUUUGGAAAAGGAGCAGAGUUCUGUAAAUAUGAUACCCUGACCACUCGGAGCCUCACAAUGGGAAACGCAACACUCAGGGCCUACCAAAAGCAUCGGGCCCAAACGGCAGCCCUGGAGCCAGUGGUGUCAUGUGGCUGGCUUCCUACACCGAACAAUGGGAAGAAAAAUGGGACGCAAUAUCUAGAGGGGAACACUUUGAGCUUCACCUGCAAUGAAGGCUACAUACUGUAUGGUUCAACAGAGCGCACUUGUCUGGAUGAUGGGACCUGGACGGGACAGCAACCCUACUGCAUAACAGAUGACAAAGUGGGGUUUGUACUCGGUGCUGUUGGCUCCCUCUCAGCACUGGUCACAAUGGGGGUGAUGAUCAAACUGCACAACAGGAAACAACGAAGGGAGAAAAGUGAAACACCAGACCAGAUGGUGACCCAAGAGCAAACUUGCUAAACAACCAAAGUCCUUUCAGAUUAUGGAUCACACCGCUUCACACUGAAACCUUCAACUAUGUGGCCUGUGGCAACAAAUAUGUUUCAAGCUGAGCAUUUGGAGAUCACAUACAGCCGUGUUGUUCAUUAGGAUGAUGGUCUUGUCUUGACCUGUUGACCUUAUCAGGAAAACCUCAGGCACUGGUUAGGUUUUCAACUUGUUGUUUGGUCUCAUGUUUUUCCUCUUGUUUAGUUUGGAACACUUCCCAGUCAUGGUAAAUGGCGCAUGGGGUGAGGAUUGAGGGUAUUGAAGUAAAGAAAAAAAUGCCACAAGAUUGUUUUUAUAUUCCCGUUUUGCAUGACUGGACGUCCGAUCUUCGCUAGAGAGAAUUGUGUAAAUACUAGACAGAGAUAUCAUCAUUACAGUCAACACUCCCUUCUCCUGUUCAGUUUAAAAUAGGACCAGAUGUGUUCAUGCUCAUGUCAAAUGUGAAGUGAACCUAAUCAUUUUUUUGGUUGAAAGACUCUGAACUCACAUGUAGCCUUUGUGUGGGCUCGCCGCCUUCAGUCAAACGAAGGGUUUUUUCUGAGUGACUGAGCCAGAAAAAUCUAAAAAUGUUACAUAAAGGUCACCUUUUUGCACUAUAUCAGCUCUUGCUUUCUGAGUUUUCUUGGCACUGUAACAUAUUUGUGUUUGAAGACAAAAAUGGACUAAAUGCAUCUAUGAAAGCUUUAAUUAAAAAUCAGUGGGAAAAGA